AACUAUGGAUCAUUCAUUUUGGUUAAAAUUGAAAUGAAAUGUGUCCGAAUGAGUCUAGUCUCAGUCACCACCGCAAGUUCCUCCGAGCGCUUUCUCUAUCGCACUAUCUAUCAUUCUCAUGCUUUCUCCUUCCCUCUGCACCGCCGAUUUCAACCUCUUUCCUCCUCCGCCGUACUCCGUCGUCUUCCACCGUACCGCGCUACCUCCCCCGGUUCUCCGCUCCCACCUUCCGAUAACAAUUCAAGCAACCUUAAAGGAGCAGAUGUUGGUGCAUCUUUAUCCAAAAUUCAAGAUAGGAUACAGAUAUUCUUUGCUGUUCUUUUCUGGUUGUCUCUAUUCUUUUGGGCUUCUGCCUGGGAUGGGAGGAAUAGACCAAACAAGGGAUCAAGAUUUAGAUGAUAAAAUACAGGUAUACUCUGUGGAAAGGAAGGGUCAUUUUAGAUUGAACAUCAUUCAUUUAUGGAAGGACUAAUCGUCGGUUUGAUGUGUUCAAAGGAAUUGAUAUUUUUGCACAGACCGUUGUUGGGUGUAAUAUGGUUUGCAAUCUUUUGCUUCUCAUGAGAAACGAUCGAAUACGACAUAUUUUGUUCUGUUGCUUUCCAGACCGUAACACUGGAUGAAAAUGGAGAUGAAAAUUUGUUGUCGUUACCUAAUAGGCCCAAUUGCUUAUAAAUAUCAAUUUCCAUUUAAUACAAAGCCUCAGAUAUCUUUCAUGCUUGAUAUAAUUAUACUUUGGUCAAAGCAUCAGUGAAGUUUCUAAGAUUCAAACGAAAUAUUUAAUAUAUUAAAAAUUAUACAGGACGUAAAGUGUUUAACCCCUUUACUUUUCAUUGUUUUGGUUCAUUCUUGUGAAUUGUUUCUCAGAGUUUUAGGAAACAAUCUCACAUUUACAGAGGAAUUAAACACGAAAUUGUACCAAUUACUAAAUUGCUUUUUGACUCUGCCAAUGGUGGUUGUAUCAAGUAAAUAACAUAAAAGCAAAAGGAAUUAGUCUUGACAUCUGUUGCAUACUUCAACACAUAUUUAUAUAGCAGUUUUGGAAUAACGCAGUUCACGGUUGAGGUUGUUUUUACCAAGUAUAUAAGCAAGAUCAUGACAUCCCCUGUCGCUUCCACUUUCCAGUAUGUAGUUUUAAAAGGUUGCUACAUUAUUAGCAAACGCCAUACGGCGACAAAAAACGCCCAUGGUGCCCAAAAGCAGGUGUUCAUUCAUGGUUGGUCUAAAUUGGGAAGGUUCAUUAGAGAUGGCGAUACAAAAGUAAUUGGUGUCCGUUCAAUUUUGCAACUUACAGUAAAACAAAAAUGGCGACUAAGGUCCCCCCAUUAACGUGUCUCUUCUGCAUUGGUUGUAGUCUAUCACUUGCAUUCCCUUUUCCUAAAUUUGUAACUCGGGAUUGGAUAACACAUUCCUCUAAGUAAUAAUGUCCAUUGUUAAUUCUUAUAUAAACACUUGCUUCUUUCUUACAUUCAAUUCCAUGUCUCACUCUAAUAAUAAUCCCACGAAUCACUUUGGUUUCUGCUUUUUCUCUUUCCUUUUGCAGUUGAGUACUUUUCUUUGACUUUUCAGUUCCUGGUUGUUUCAACUUGCACCAUUUCGUUUCUAUUUCUUUCCUCAACCAUUUUCUUAUUGUUUCCCUGUAGAAGAUGUUACUUAGAAGUUCCUCCGCACCAAUUCUAACUUCAUUGGUACUCUAUUCCAGAGACUCCUCCACUGAACCAGAAAACAUUUUUCGGCUACCUAAAACAACAUCAGCUUUAAGUCUAAACCAAAUACCUGUAGAGAUAGACCUUAAAAACUCAAGUCCUAAGAGAAAAAACCGUGUGCAACUUGGUAAUAGUGUUCCUAAAAAUCAACAGAGUAUAAAAAUCAAAGAAAGAGAUGAAGUGAAAAGUCCUCAACAAAAGACUUAUUACAUGAAAUCACAACCUUCCAUUCAAGAACUGUUUUCGAGUUUGGAUUUAGAUAAGGGAGUAAUGGAUCAUGAAGAAGAGUGUUGUGGGGGGAAGAAAGAUGGUACCUUGCAGACUUCUGUGAUGGGUGGUGGAAUGGGGAGUGAUGGUGGUUGUAAUGGUAGUGGAAAAGGCUCAAAUGGUGGACAUGGAAGAGGGAAGAAUUUCCAUGAAGGAAAUGAUCGUGGUAGAGAUAGGACAGAUGCUUAUUACCAGAACAUGAUUGAAGCAAACCCCGGUGAUGCUCUUUUGCUGGGAAAUUAUGCNUUCUAG